AGCCGUUGGCUCGAGCUGCCGUGCACGCUCGGGCUCCAACCCGCCGCGGACAGCGGGUGCGACGCGCGCGCGCGUGCGCGCGGGCGCCGUGUGCGCGCGCGCGGGCCGUCGGGCGCAUGGCCUCCGGGGAGGCUGGCGCCUUUGUAUUGAGGGGCCAUCGGCCCGUCACGCAUGGCCCCGCACGAGUUCAACGUGGUGCGGGAGGGGCUGGCCACCACCGAGGACCAGACUCGCUGGACUCUGUUUUCGCCAGCUUCCUGUCCAGCCCAGGGUGGAGGGAGAUGGAGACGCGGACCUCCCGGCGCCUCUGCGACCAGUACACCUUUGACGGCGGCCGCGACUCGCCCCCGCCCCCGCACCUCGCCUUUGCCCACGGGUUGGUCCAGAGGCUCAUGGGCCGGGUCCAGCAGGGCCUGGUGGACGACGAGGUCGUGCCCAUGUCUCUCUUCUGCAACCUGUACGAGGACGGCGAAGACUCCUGCCCCAGCCACGUCCACGACUGCCGGCAGCUCACGAUGUCGCUCGGGGCGGAGCGCACUCUCACGGUGGAGGGCCGCCCGGUGUGCAUGAGGCACGGCGACGUUGUCAUCCUGGACGGCGAACGGCACGGAGUGCCGAGGCAGCCUGGCGGGGCCAUGCCGCGGGUCUCGAUCAACCUCUUCUUCACGACGGCCCGGGACCUCGCGUCGCGGGAGGUCAGCGUCAACCACCAGGCUGGCGGGGCCUACGGGCGCGGCCGCGGCCGUGGCCGCGGCCUCGGCGCGGCCCCGCGCGGCAGCGGCGGCGGCG